AUGGCCCCUAAGAACAACGCCAAAGGCGCCGACAAGAAAGGCGGCAAAGGCAAGGGCAAAGACGCAGGCAACGAUGACAAAGGCAAGGUGAAGGGCGCACAGUCAAUCAACGUGCGACAUAUCCUGUGCGAGAAACACGCCAAGAAAGAAGAGGCUCUCGAGAAGCUGCGGAAUGGGACCAAGUUCGAUGAGGUGGCGCGGGAGUUCUCGGAGGAUAAGGCGCGGCAGGGUAUACUGACCUAUCUAGGAGGGUCUCUGGGGUGGAAGACCCGGGGGGAUUUGGAUCCGGCCUUUGAGAAGGUCGCCUUUGAGCUGGAGCCCAGCAGCACGGGGAAGCCUACGUAUCAGGAGGUGAAGACGGGCUUUGGGUAUCACAUUAUCAUGGUCGAGGGGCGAAAAUGA